GCAGUUUAGCCGGCUGCUAGUGACUUACACCUGGGAUCGUGGGGGAGAGAGGAAGACCCGGAGGCCGCUUCCACUGCGUUUUCCAGGCGACGUGGAUCAGGUGCCUUGGGGUUUGCGGUUGUCGGAGGACCUCCCGGUGGCGCCUCCUCCCUCUGGCGCUGGCUUACUUCAGGGUUGGCGCAGGUGGGCAAGGCAGGGCAUCGCAGAUCUCCUGUUACCACGGAAGGUUUUUCUCUCCCUCUAACCGAGGGGGUGGGACCAAUUUAAAAAUAUGUUAACACACGAGCGCUGACUCCAGGCUGGGCAUCAGCCAAGGUCCCAGCACAGCCACAGAGUGUUUUACAUGAAAAUGAGGAGCCUGACAGGAUCCGUGCUCUAACUUAAGGCAGCUUCGUGAUUAGCAUGAAUCUGAGUGGCUGCCCUGCUUCCUGCCCUUCAAAAGCCAUUCUUCGCGCUCGCGAUUGAGCAGCAGUGCCACAGUGCCGGUGUCGACUCAGCAGCCUCGGCAUCAUUGGCAGCCAUGGCUCCGGACGCCGCUGCGGCCAGUAAGUAGGAGCAUGCAUGUGUGGGGGGCACAUGUGUGUCGGUACACACACACCCACACCACCCCGAGCCGCCGCUGAGGAAGAAGGAAGAUUGACGAGGUGCUGCAGUGGUAAGGGCGACCUGGGCUCUUCCUGGUUUUCACGGAAUCGACUGCCGCAGCUGCUGUCUGCAGAGCCUGCUCGGAUCCCUGUGCACACGCGCCCCCCAUUUGAGCCUGUGUAAUGAAGACUGCCUCCCAACAACUGCAGGGGAGGCAGAGGCAGGCUGAGCCGGAGACUGCGGGCCGCGCGGCUGAUAGGCCCAGGGGGACACAACUUGUACACUGCCAUCGGGACGCCUCUCGCUAACCCGCCUGCAUCGGAGGGUCUGCUGCCGCCCCUCCGGCUUCCCGGGCGCCCCAUCCUGGGUCAGCCCCGGAGGCCUCGGCCUCCUCAUUUGUUUGGGUCUUUUGUGCCGUGGCUCACAGUUGGCUAAGCACUCCUGCGCUGAAUCGGGCCAUUGUCUGCGCUCCCAUUGCUUUCACGCUGCAAGUCUCCGCGCCCCCACCCCGCCGGCCCCCUCCCCGCCUCCUCCUGGCCGGGGAGCCUCCUAACGUGCCUUUCCCCCCAGGAAUCUGGAAGCUAUAAGCCAGGCGGAUUGCAAAUGAAGUGUAAUGCAUUGUGGGACGUGUGUAAAAUCGGAGCCUUCGCUGUGGGGGUGUGGGGGGGCGUGGGGAGGGCCGGACCCGCCGCUGGCGGUGUAGACGCCGACGAGGAGGGGCUGGGAAAAUGUGCGCAGAGUCCGCUCGGGUCGUGCCCGCCGUAGACGGAUGAAGCAGCGCGCUGCGCCCCGGCGCUGAGGCCCCGAGGAUCGGGGCAGCAGGUAGCCAUCCCCACCAUGAAGAAGACCCGGAGCACAACCUUGCGGCGAGCCUGGCCUAGCUCGGAUUUCUCAGACCGGGCCUCGGACCGCAUGAGGUCCCGCAGCGAGAAGGACUACCGCCUGCAUAAGCGCUUCCCCGCGGCCUUUGCGCCGCAGCCUUCGCGGGGCUACAUGACAUCAGGUGAUGUAUCACCAAUCAGUAUGUCUCCCAUCAGUCAAUCUCAGUUUAUUCCACUCGGGGAAAUCCUUUGCUUGGCCAUCUCAGCAAUGAACUCAGCAAGAAAACCUGUCACCCAAGAAGCACUGAUGGAACACCUGACAACAUGUUUCCCAGGUGUUCCAACCCCAAGCCAAGAAAUCCUGCGACACACACUGAACACACUGGUACGGGAGAGGAAAAUCUACCCAACUCCAGAUGGCUAUUUCAUCGUGACCCCACAGACUUAUUUCAUAACUCCUUCCCUCAUAAGAACUAACAGUAAAUGGUACCAUUUGGACGAGAGGAUACCUGACAGGUCUCAGUGUACCUCUCCACAACCCGGAACCAUAACGCCCUCUGCCUCAGGCUGUGUCAGGGAAAGAACAUUGCCCAGAAACCACUGCGACUCUUGCCAUUGCUGUAGAGAAGACAUGCAUAGCAUGCAUGCAUCAACUCUGCAGAGGAAAUCCGCCAAGGACUGCAAAGACCCUUAUUGCCCUCCUUCACUAUGCCAGGUGCCACCCACUGAAAAGAGCAAAAGUACUGUAAAUUUUUCUUAUAAGACAGAAACUCUCUCAAAGCCUAAAGAUAGUGAAAAGCAGUCAAAAAAAUUUGGCCUGAAGUUAUUCCGGCUAAGUUUUAAAAAAGACAAGACCAAACAGCUGGCCAAUUUUUCUGCCCAGUUUCCUCCUGAAGAGUGGCCCCUGAGAGAUGAGGACACACCGACGACUAUCCCAAGGGAAGUGGAAAUGGAAAUCAUUAGGCGUAUUAACCCAGACUUGACUGUGGAAAAUGUCAUGAGACACACUGCACUAAUGAAGAAACUUGAAGAAGAAAAAGCUCAUAGGAGUAAAGCUGGGUCCUCUGCCCAUCACAGCGGACGGAGUAAAAAGAGUAGGACUCAUCGAAAGUCCCAUGGAAAAUCUCGGUCACACAGCAAGACACGUGUGUCUAAAGGGGACCCUUCAGAUGGCUCUCACCUGGAUAUCCCAGGAGAGAGAGAGUAUGACUUUUGUGACCCUCUUACCAGGGCACCCAGGGAGGGCUGCUUCAUCAUUGAACACAAAGGAGAUAACUUUAUCAUGCACAGCAACACAAACAUGAUUGAGUCCCAUUUCCCCAUGACACCAGAAUGGGAUGUGUCUGGUGAACUGGCCAAAAGGAGAACUGAGAUGCCUUUUCCUGAACCUUCCAGGGGAAGCUCCCACUCUAAAGUGCAUCGAAGCCACAGCCAUACCCAGGACCGAAGGUCCAGGAAUGAGAGAUCCAACAAAGCCAAGGAGAGAUCCAGGUCAAUGGAUAACUCCAAAGGCCCUCUGGGUGCUUCUUCUCUAGGAACACCUGAAGACAUGGCUGAAGGCUGUAGCCAAGACGACCAAACGCCCAGCCAGUCCUACAUUGAUGACAGUACUUUAAGGCCUGCACAGUCUGCUAGUCAUCAAAGGGCUCACCUUUCAGCCACAGCUUAUAAAGAGGUGUGUAUUCCAGAAAUACUCAGUGGCAGCAAGGAACCUUCCAGUGCUUGUAGCCUUUUGGAGCAAGGCAAACCACUAGAGAGUUUGCCAUCCUAUGGUGAACUCAACUCUUGUCCAACAAAAACAGCCACAGAUGACUAUUUCCAGUGCAACACCUCAAGUGAGACAGUGCUCACAGCACCAUCGCCUCUGGGGAAGAAUAAGGAGGACCAUGACACUCUGACCCUGGUGGAAGGGGUAAAGAAGCUGCCCCCAUCUGAUAGACAGGCCCCUCAUUCUUCCAGGGAGCCUGUGGGACACAAGGAAGAGUCACCAAAGGGGCCAGGUGGGGGUCCAGCAACUUCAGGCUCAGUAGCUGAAGGGAUCGCCAAUGGGCGCCUCAUCCAGCACCACAGCGCCGAGCCUAGCAGCCUGGACAAGAGGAAAGAAAUAUUCAGCAAAGACACACUCUUCAAACCUCUUCACAGCACCCUGUCUGUAAACAGCUAUCACAAAUCCAGCCUGUCCCUCCUCAAAUCUCACCCGAAAACACCUGCUGACACACUGCCAGGCCGAUGUGAGAAACUUGAGCCGUCCCUGGGGCCCUCAGCCACACAGGCCAUGCCAGCUUCCCAGCGCCAGCAGGAAUCAGGGGGCAACCAGGAGGCCUCUUUUGACUAUUACAACGUCUCUGAUGAUGACGACUCUGAGGAAGGGGCAAACAAAAACACCGAGGAGGAGAAAAAUAGAGAUGACGUAGGCACCAUGCAGUGGCUUCUGGAGCGAGAGAAGGAAAGGGACUUGCAGAGGAAAUUUGAGAAGAACCUCACCCUCCUGGCCCCCAAAGAAACCGACAGCAGCAGCAACCAGAGAGCCACUCACUCAGCACGGCUCGACAGCAUGGACAGCAGCAGCAUCACUGUGGACAGCGGCUUCAACUCCCCACGUACUCGAGAGAGCCUGGCUUCCAACACUUCCAGCAUUGUUGAAAGUAACCGACGGCAGAACCCUGCUUUGAGUCCGGCCCACGGUGGAGCUGGUCCAGCCUUCAACUUCCGAGCAAGUACGGACCCCCCAACAAAUGAAGCUGAGAAAUUACAGAAACCUUCCAACUGCUUGCAAGCUUCUGUUACUAGUGUGUGAUAGUCAUUCUGCCUCAGAUCUUCUGUCUCAUUCAAUACAGCAAAGUUUACGACACUGGGACUGAUGUUUACAUCUUUGGAAAGACAAGCAUCUUAACCACAGUUUUUGUGUGUACUUAAACUGUGCUGCUAAGUAGGCUAGGGCAAAAAAACAAAACAAAACAAAAAAACACACAAAAAUCUUUAUUUCAGAGUAUUGCUUUUCACAUUUAUGGCUCUGUAGCAACAGAAUAGCAGUAGGGGUGAUAUGUAUACUUUUGCUUCACUAAUUGUAAUUGAGCACACAUAGGAAAGUCUAGACACUGUAAGUGUAAUAUGCAUUUUCAAUGUCAUGCAGUUGCCAAUUCCAUUUUAAAAUGCCACAGAUGUGUGUUGCUCCCAGUCUGUGGUCCAGUGGUGCCACAGAACUGAUCCUUGACACUUCCAAAAAAGCAAACCCACAAAAAAAC